CCGAAAAUGAGGUUCACUUUUACACGCCAGUUCUUGGCAUUCUUCAUCCUCAUCAGUAACCCAGCUUCAAUUCUUCCCAGGUCUGAGAAUCUCACCUUUCCGACAUUUGAGCCUGAGCCAUAUCUGUAUUCUGUCGGACGCAAGAAGUUGGUGGACGCUCAGUACAGGUGCUAUGACCGUAUGCAACAGUUACCUCCUUAUGAAGGAGAAGGCCCCUACUGCAACCGCACUUGGGAUGGAUGGAUGUGCUGGGACGAUACUCCAGCCGGAGUACUCUCCGUUCAGUUAUGCCCGGAUUACUUUCCAGACUUUGAUCCAACAGAAAAGGUUACAAAGUACUGCGAUGAAAGUGGGGUUUGGUUUAAGCAUCCUGAGAACAAUCGAACCUGGUCCAACUAUACCUUGUGCAACGCCUUUACUCCUGAGAAGCUGCAGAAUGCUUAUGUUCUGUACUAUCUGGCUAUCGUGGGUCACUCUAUGUCGAUUAUCACCUUGGUGGUUUCUCUGGGAAUUUUUGUGUAUUUCAGGAGUCUUGGCUGCCAGCGGGUGACCCUGCACAAGAACAUGUUCCUGACGUACAUUCUGAACUCCAUGAUCAUCAUCAUCCACCUGGUUGAGGUCGUGCCCAAUGGAGAGCUGGUGCGCAAGGACCCGGUGAGCUGCAAGAUUUUGCACUUCUUUCACCAGUACAUGAUGGCCUGCAAUUAUUUCUGGAUGCUCUGUGAAGGGAUCUAUCUUCAUACGCUCAUUGUGGUGUCUGUGUUUAACGAGGCAAAGCAUCUGCGCUGGUAUUAUCUCCUGGGCUGGGGGUUCCCACUGGUGCCAACCACUAUCCAUGCUAUUACUCGGGCACUGUACUUCAAUGACAACUGCUGGAUAAGUGUGGAUACCCACUUGCUGUACAUCAUCCAUGGCCCUGUCAUGGUGGCGCUGGUGGUCAAUUUCUUCUUUUUGCUCAACAUCGUCCGAGUGCUGGUGACUAAGAUGAGGGAAACCCAUGAGGCCGAGUCCUACAUGUACCUGAAGGCCGUGAAGGCCACCAUGAUCCUGGUGCCCCUGCUGGGAAUCCAGUUUGUCGUCUUUCCCUGGAGGCCUUCCAACAAAGUGCUUGGGAAGAUCUAUGACUACUUCAUGCACUCUCUGAUUCACUUCCAGGGAUUCUUCGUUGCGACUAUCUACUGCUUCUGCAACAACGAGGUCCAAACUACCCUGAAGCGCCAGUGGGCCCAGUUCAAGAUCCAAUGGAACCAGCGCUGGGGAACCCGCCCCUCCAACCGCUCGGCUGCUGCUCGAGCUGCAGCUGCUGCUGCUGAGGCUGGCGGUGACAAUAUCCCAGUUUACAUCUGCCACCAGGAGCCGAGGAAUGAUCCACCCAACAACCAAGGCGAGGAGGGUGCUGAGAUGAUCGCUUUGAACAUCAUCGAGAAAGAGUCAUCUGCUUGAAUGUGAAAUACACACA